GAGAGAGAGGCUCCCAGACUCACUCAGUGUGUGUUGGUGUGUAGAUGUGAAUGUACCGUGAAGAAUUCAGCGGCUGGAAGACUUUUUCAUCCCGAAUAAACCUCCUUCCUUUCCCUUUGAAUGAAUCCGAGAGGAAGAAGAGGACGGAGAGGAUUGAAGCGAGAAGAAAUGCAGGAAGAGAGGGAGUGCUUAUUAAAAAUUCAGCGCGGGAGAAGAGACAUUAUCGCCCCUUCGGAUGACUUGUGGCAGCACUGAGGAUAAACUACAGCACUGACGGGCUUCAAACAUUAUUGAAUGGGGUGAAAGGAAGUUGUUUUUUCUGCGAAAGACGAGUCCAGAGCUUUUCCAAGCGGCUGAAAAGCAAAGGGAAGGGAAGGGGAGGAGAGGGGGGCAAAGAAAACGCCCUGCUGCUGCCUGUUGCUGCUAUCUCAACAUUCAAACUUUAUCGACGAGUUAGAAAAAUGCAUCUUCCACUUCCAGGGAGGUGAUAAACUAAGAGUAAGGUUGUGCUUUAUUGACUCUGAGCCUCACAUUUCCUGAAGUGAAGGCCCCGCUCACUUGGCCAAGUUUUCUGGACGUGGGGAGUCUCUGCUUUGGGAAUAUUUUCUCUUCAUUGUGCACACUAUUCCUGUUGGAAGCUAUUUGGGUGGGCUGGGUGAGAGCCCACAGGCUGCCCCACUAGGCCCACGGCCAUUAGCCAGGGAACAAAGAGGUUUCACAUGUAAAACUCACACACUUUGGGGGAAACCUGUGUAUAUUUUUGCUGAACUUUGAAGGACCGAGGCUGCAGUCAUGUCUCAGGGCGCAGAGAGGAGGAUGGAAUCCCGGCUGAAGAAGCUGGAGGACAUGAUCAGAGACCCCAGAUCUGCCAUAAACCUGGAAAGUUUGCUGGACUCCAUCAACGCCUUGGUCUUAGACUUGGACUACCCCGCACUACGCAAGAACAAAAACAUCGAGACCUUCUUAAACAGAUAUGAGAAAGUCAUCACGCAGACUCGAGACCUCCAGAUGAAGUCUGAAGACUUCGACAGAGUCAAAGUGAUCGGCCGAGGGGCAUUCGGUGAAGUCCAACUGGUCCGGCAUAAAGCCUCUCAGAAGGUCUACGCCAUGAAGCUGCUGAGCAAGUUUGAGAUGAUCAAGCGCUCUGACUCUGCUUUCUUCUGGGAAGAGCGGGACAUCAUGGCCUUUGCCAACAGUCCCUGGGUUGUGCAGUUGUGCUGUGCCUUCCAAGACGAGCACUACCUCUUCAUGGUGAUGGAGUACAUGCCAGGAGGCGAUCUGGUCAACCUCACCAGCACCUACGACGUGCCGGAGAAAUGGGCCAAGUUCUACACGGCAGAGGUGGUGAUGGCUCUGGAUGCCAUUCACUCCAUGGGCUUCAUCCACCGCGACGUCAAGCCCGACAACAUGCUGCUGGACCGACUCGGACACCUCAAGCUGGCAGACUUUGGAACAUGCAUGAAGAUGGACCACACUGGCAUGGUGCACUGUGACACAGCAGUCGGGACUCCAGACUACAUCUCUCCAGAGGUGCUGAAGUCCCAGGGAGGAGACGGGUAUUAUGGAAGAGAGUGUGACUGGUGGUCUGUGGGGGUCUUCAUCUUUGAGAUGCUUGUUGGUGACACACCGUUCUACGCCGACUCUCUGGUGGGAACCUACAGUAAGAUCAUGGACCAUAAAAACUCCCUCAACUUCCCCGAUGACGUGGACAUCUCCAAAGAUGCCAAGAAUAUCAUCUGUGCCUUCCUGACUGACAGGGAUGUGCGAUUGGGCAGAAACGGCGUUGAGGAAAUCAAACGACACCCUUUCUUUAAGAACGACCAGUGGACCUUCGACACCAUCAGAGAAUCGAUUGCCCCAGUGGUCCCCGAGCUGAGCAGCGACAUCGACACCAGUAAUUUUGAUGAGAUUGAGGACGACAAAGGGGACGUAGAGACUUUCCCCACACCUAAAGCCUACGUUGGAAAUCAGUUACCAUUUGUUGGCUUCACGUACUUCAAAGAAGAUCAGUUACUUAAUGCUUCAAACAAUACCCCUGUGACUCAUGAGAACUCAAAAGGAGAGUCGGCAGCACUGCAGAAGAAACUGCGCCAGCUGGAGGUUCAGCUGAACAAUGACAAGCAGGUUAAAGAUGAACUCGAGCACAAAUACAGAGCUGCCACCAGCAGGAUAGACAAAAUCAUCAAAGAACUUGAGGAUGAGAUGAGCACCAGGAAGAGUCUGGAGUCCAAUCUGAGGCAGCUGGAGAGAGAGAAGGCUUUGCUGCAGCACAAGAGCCUGGAGAGCCACCGCAAGGCCGAGAGCGAGGCGGACAGGAAGCGCUGCCUGGAGAACGAAGUAAACGGCCUUCGAGAUCAGCUUGAAGACUUAAAGAAGAGAAACCAGAACUCACACAUUUCCAAUGAGAAGAACAUUCACCUACAGAAACAGCUGGAAGAAGCCAACACGUUACUGCGGGCCGAGUCCGAGGCGGCAACGAGGCUCCGUAAAACCCAGACGGACAGCAGCAAGCAGGUGCAGCAGCUGGAGGCAAACGCACGUGAGCUGCAGGACAAAUGCUGCCUGCUGGAGCGCAACAAGCUGAGCCUGGAGAAGGAGUGCAUCAGCCUGCAGGCGGCGCUGGAGACAGAGAGGAGGGAGCACAGUCAGGGCUCGGAGACCAUCAGCGACCUGAUGGGACGAAUUUCUAGCCUGGAGGAGGAGGCGCGUCAGCAGAGACAGACUCUGUCUAAGACCGAGAGUGAGAAGAGGCAGCUUCAGGAAAAACACACAGACAUGGAGAAGGAGAUGAGCAACAAGGAGAUUGAGCUGACCUACAAGCUGAAGGUGCAGCAGCAGGAGCUGGAGCAGGAAGAGGCCUCCCACAAGGCCACCAGGGCGCUGCUGGCAGACAAGAGCAAGAUGAAAGUGACCAUCGAGGGCGCCAAGUCUGAGUCCAUGAAGGAGAUGGAGCAGAAGCUGGCGGAGGAACGAUCAGCCAAACUGCGUCUGGAGAACCGGAUCCUGGAGCUGGAGAAGCACAGCAGCAUGAUGGACUGCGACUACAAACAGGCUCUGCAGAAACUGGACGAGCUGCGUAGACACAAGGACCGUCUGACUGAGGAGGUGAAGAAUCUGACGCUGAAGAUCGAGCAGGAGACCCAGAAGCGUAGCUUGACCCAGAAUGACCUGAAGGCCCAGAACCAGCAGCUCAGCUCUCUGCGGACCUCGGAGAAGCAGCUCAAGCAGGAAAUGAAUCACCUGCUGGACAUCAAACGCAGCCUGGAGAAACAGAAUCAGGAGCUGCGAAAAGAUAGACAAGACACAGACGGGCAGAUGAAGGAGCUACAGGACCAGUUAGAAGCCGAGCAGUAUUUCUCUACGUUAUAUAAGACCCAGGUUCGUGAGCUGAAGGAGGAGUGUGAGGAGAAGAACAAAUUCUACAAAGAAGCUCAGCAGUCUCUUCAGGAGAUGCAGGAGGAGAGGGACUCCCUGGCGGCUCAGCUGGAGAUCACGCUGACAAAGGCUGACUCGGAGCAGCUGGCACGCUCCAUCGCCGAGGAGCAGUACUCAGACCUGGAGAAGGAGAAGAUAAUGAAGGAGCUAGAGCUGAAGGAGAUGAUGGCCCGCCAUCGUCAGGAGCUAUCUGAGAAGGACAUCACCAUCAGUUCGCUGGAGGAGGCCAACAGAACCCUGACCAGUGACGUUGCUAACUUAGCCAAUGAGAAGGAAGAGCUGAACAACAAACUUAAGGAGGCACUUGAAGAAUCUGAAAAGUCGAAGGACGUGGAGCAGCAGAUCAACCAGAUGAAGCAGGUGUUUGAGAAACAACUGCAGUCUGAGAGGACACUGAAGACUCAGGCUGUCAACAAGUUGGCAGAGAUCAUGAACAGGAAGCCGGACCGCGUCACAGGCAGCCGCCGUGGUAACGACACCGACAUGCGGCGCAAGGAGAAGGAGAACAGGAAGCUGCAGCUGGAGCUGAGGUCAGAGAAGGAAAAACUCAACAGCCUCAUCAUCAAAUACCAGAGAGAGAUCAACGAGAUGCAGGCGCAACUCUCAGAGGAGAGUCAGAUGCGCAUCGAGCUGCAGAUGGCUCUGGACAGUAAGGACAGUGACAUCGAGCAGCUGAGGAACCACCUGCAGACUGUCAGUGUUCAAUCCAUGGACUCUGCCAGCAUGGGAAGUGGGCCUGAGUUUGAUACUGAUGAUGCGUUUGCAGAAACACGGCUGGAGGGCUGGCUCUCUCUCCCUGUCAGAAACAACACCAAGAAGUUUGGAUGGGAGAAGAAGUAUGUUGUAGUGAGCAGCAAGAAGAUCCUUUUCUACAACAGCGAGCAAGACAAGGAGCAGUCCAUCCCCUACAUGGUGCUCGACAUAGACAAACUCUUCCAUGUGAGGCCUGUUACUCAGACAGAUGUGUACCGUGCUGAUGCCAAAGAAAUUCCCAGGAUAUUCCAGAUUCUUUAUGCAAACGAAGGCGAGUGCAAAAAGGAGCCUGAGUUUCCCGAGGCCAUCGGGGAGAAGUCCAGCUACAUCUGCCACAAAGGUCACGAGUUCAUCCCCACCCUCUACCACUUCCCCACCAACUGUGAGGCGUGCACCAAACCGCUGUGGAACAUGUUCAAGCCCCCGCCUGCUCUGGAGUGCCGGCGCUGCCACAUCAAGUGCCACAAGGACCACAUGGAUAAGAAGGAGGAGAUCAUUGCUCCAUGCAAAGUGAACUACGACGUGUCCACGGCCAAGAACCUGCUGCUGCUGGCUCUGUCCAUGGAGGAGCAGCAGAAGUGGGUAAGCCGACUGGUCAAGAAGAUCCCCAAGAAGCCUCCUCCGCCUGAGCACUUUGCACGCUCCUCACCACGCGCUUCCAUGAAGGUCCAGCCCAGCCAGUCCAUGAGGAGGCCCAGUCGACAGCUCCCCACCAGCAAGAGCAGUUAACCUCGUUUGGGAGUGCGGUGCAUUGUGAAGGUGUUGGGGUCUCCUCCCAUUUCAAAGACAGUAUACAAAGCUCUGUUUGCAGAUCAGCACACUGAACUCCACAUUGCUUCUCCACACAAUCCCCGCCCCGUCGUGCUGCAGCCUGUGAGAGUGACGAAGCCUUUUUGUCCCCCUUUAGUUAAACUCCCUCCCCAGCGAUCAAACUCACCUACAAUCUCUUCACCCAGCUGGAUGGCUUGUAAGCGUAUUAGUCCAUGUCGUAUCUCGGGACCUUGAGCAGUUCCGUGUCUCUGGGGAGUUGGAGUGGCUCAUUCGGCUCUCACGGAACAGAAGAGGAGAGCUCUUAGGAGGGGGAAACACUUACCUCAACACUUCUCAGCAGGACUCGCUGCCUGAAGGACCCAACAUGAACACUCUCCCUCACCACCUUCGGGGAAUCUUGUGGCCAAAUAAAAAAAAGACGUUCUUAUCUUUAACUGAUUGUGACCAGUAUGAAGGGGUUUAAUGGGGAAACACUACACUCAGAAGAAUGUGCAAACUGUUGGCUGAAUGCAGCUGAGGUCCCAGAUACAGUGUCUGCUCCUCUUCAGACUCUUUAACAUAUUGAUUGUAGCCUGCUUGGAAAAAUUCUGCUUUCAGGUGUGCUUCUAAAUGGGUCACCGAAACCUGAAUAAGGUACUGAAGGAAAUGACUUCUUAGAAAGUCAGCAAGGCGGGGAAGAGCGUCAGGUUCUUCCAGGAUUGGAACAAGUAAAGCCUCCAGUGCCUCUUAUUCAGAUUUCUGACUCAGGCACACUCUCAAUCAGCGGACAGUCUUGGUUCAGGAGUGAACAGAAUCCUCCUCUGUCAUAAGAUCCUCUCAAUCCCAUAAUCUUUCAAACCUGCACUGUCAGAUAUGAGGGUUAAUGUUUACUGAAUUCAAGGGGUGCACCGUUAAUGCUUCUCUGAUCCGAGCUCGGCUCCUUUUGUUCGUUUGAAUGUACAUCUGGGCUCCACCAGAGACGACACACAGGCAUUGUAUUAUUCUAUCCAAAUAUACUUGACUGAAGCCCCCGUUUUAUCACCAACUCCUCUGAGUGAGCAUGCAUGCGUUUGCCUUUUCAGGCCUCACACUUCAGUGCUGUCAGCUGUUACAGGAGGGCCGCUACAUUUAGAAGUUUAGUUUUUUAAGUCAUUCCUGGUUGUGACGGUGAGAGCAACGUGACCCAUAUGAAGCAGGAAUAAUGAAGGUAUGCAAUCACAGCCCACACAUCAACAAACUGAGCAGCACUAUUCCAUGGAGCGUUUUUCUAAAAGUGUUUGAUCUGAUAUUUUUGUAUUAAAAGUAACCAGACUGAGUUUGGGCACAUCGUUGUGUGUAUGUGGCUCAUAUAGCAGGAGGAGAGUAACUAUGUGUGUGUGUGUGUGUGUGUGUGUGUGUGUGUGUGUGUGUGUCUGUGUGUUUGUAUAUGUGUGCGUGUACUGAGUGCUCUCCUUUAACCAAGAAGCAUGUUUUAUACAUAAAAAUAUACACAGUAUAUAUUUUACAUGCCAUACAGUGCACAUUAUAUUAUUUAUACAGCCUUGUCCACUUUGUAUUUAAGGGCUCUACAUCCAGAUUGCAUGUUUGCUACCAAACAGCUCUAUAAUGACAACUUCUUCAACAAUAAAGACAUGGAUGUGC